AUGGGCUGUCGAGACUUGGGCAUCUACCAGGACCCCCGAUACGUUCCCCAAGGUGAGCCGCAGUGGGACCGCCGAGGGUUGAAGCCAGUUCCCCCUCGCCAUAACGAGCACCACCCGGUGCCCCGUCCCACUCCGAACCCCGCUCCGGUUCCUGCUCCGGUUCCUGCCCCGGUUCAAGCAGUGCCCGAGAUGCCCGUGCCGGGCCCGAGACCACAUCCCCAUCCUCAGGCUGCCCCAAAGACAGCCAAAGCACAUCGACCACAUCAACUGAAUCUGGACGCUUGGAAGCGAGGAUACUGCGGAAAACGGCCCGUUGUGGUGCUGCCGCCCUGCGGCUACGGAAAUUGGAGCCGGCCAUAA